UUGACUCGGCUUGCAUCUUGCUGCAAUCUUGAACGGUAGUGACUGAUGAGUGCGCUGUGUGGACUCCGCUGGCUCUUUCUUUAACGUAAAUAUUCCCGGGGUUGUUUGGUGUUUAUACAGAACAUUUUCUCCAAAGGUGAAGCUUCACACGUUUGUCGAAGAUGUCUGUGGCUGGGCUGAAGAAACAGUUCCACAAAGCCAGUCAGGAAGAAGACAAAAGUAGCAGAAUUGUCUUCAGUGGACAGUGUCUGCUACUCAGUGAAAAGAUCAGUGGAGCAGAGGGGACAAAGCUGGAUGAAGACUUUAUGGAGAUGGAACGGAAAAUUGAAGUGACCAACAAGUCAGUGUUAGACCUCUUGUCCAAAACAACAGAAUACCUCCAGCCUAACCCAGCGUCUCGAGCCAAACUGAACAUGCUGAACACAGUGUCCAAGAUCCGUGGGCAGGUGAAGACCACGGGCUACCCUCAGACGGAAGGCCUGCUGGGAGACUGCAUGCUGCGCUAUGGUCAUGAACUGGGAGAGGACUCUGUCUUUGGUUGUGCUCUGGUGGAUAUGGGUGAGGCAAUGAGGCAGAUGGCGGAUGUGAAGGAUUCCCUGGACAUAAACGUCAAGCAAAACUUUAUUGACCCUCUGCAGAAUCUACAGGACAAGGACCUCAAAGAGAUCACGCACCACCUGAAGAAGCUGGAGGGCCGCCGGUUAGACUUUGACUAUAAGAAGAAACGUCAGGGGAAAAUCCCCGAUGAGGAGAUCCGGCAGGCUGUGGAGAAGUUUGAGGAGAGCAGAGAGCUGGCUGAGAGGAGCAUGUUCAACUUCCUGGAGAACGAUGUAGAACAGGUGAGCCAGCUGUCAGCACUGAUCGAGGCGGCCUUAGAGUACCACCGGCAGUCAUGUGAAAUCCUGGAGGAGCUCAGCAGAAAGCUGCAGAAGAGGGUAUCCGCUACCAGCAGUCGGCCCAAGAGAGAGUUCAAACCGAAGUCCAUAAGGAGCAGCAUUGAGGCCCCAGACAACAGUCAGCACAACGGCCUGUCAUACAGCUCCUCACUCAAAUCCACAGCUGAUCAUAUAGCCUCUGUCCCACUGUCAUGGCCUGAGAACUCCAUUACCAAUGUCAGUAUUCAGCAAUCGGAGGUGUUGGAUCAGCCGUGCUGUCGCGCCCUCUAUGAGUUUGAGCCAGAGAAUGAGGGCGAGCUAGGCUUCAAAGAGGGCGACAUCAUCAUCCUCACUAACCAGAUAGAUGAGAACUGGUACGAGGGCAUGAUUAAUGGUGAAUCUGGCUUCUUCCCCAUCAACUACGUGGAGGUGAUUGUCCCCCUGCCGCAGUGAAGGCCAGCAUUUCCGGCUCUCCACAGAACUCCUCUUGCCACAUCAUAUUCAGCCCUGAGCUCAGCUCAGGCUGGAAAAUACAUGGGGCCAGAUCAGCGUCAAGCUGAAAAAAAUUAUCUUCUCAUCUUAAAACUGAGUCAGGGAGGUAGUUGUUUUGUCCCAAACCAACUUUGGAUCAAAUGUUGCUGAUUUGUUUUCUGCUGAUCUUUAACAAGCUCUAAAGUCAAGUGAAACCCAACCCAUUAAGUGGGACCUCUGUCUUGCUGGACCCUUUGUGUCCUUUGGGUCUGACCAAGGUGUGUCAAGCAGUCAUCAAACUCCGUCAUCCAUCCUGCCAGCCCUUCAGAUGACGCUGCCCCCUUUGUAUCCUGAUAGAGGUUGAUGUCAUUGAAUUGUCUGCCUGUUUUGGUCCUCUCAUGACAAGCUGAGGCUCCUUACCCCAGCUUGAAGUUCACCACUAGAUUGUUAGACCACUACAAGCAAGUGAUAAACUCUUACUUGCAUUAUAGUCAUAUUAGAAACAUUACAUAUAUUUCAGGGCAUUUUCAGUCCUGUUUGAUUGUCACAGUUGUUGUGCAUAUUGUACAGCAUGUCACAGAGUCUGUACUUGCAAGCAGUGUUAAAAUUUUAAUCCCCGGGCGGCGUGUCACAGAAUAAUAACCACCUUUUAUUUGGCCAAGUAUGUUACACACAAGGAAUUUGUUUCCAGUACAGAACCGAGGCAGCCAUCUGCGGUGCCA